CCGGAGGGGCGGCCGGAGCACCGGGAUUCCCUGCGGAACCGCGCGGACCCCGGCUCCCAGUCUCCAGCCCGCCUGUCGCCGCCUGCCGCGCCCGCGCCCUCUGCUCCCUCCGCGCCCUCCGGUCCUCACGACCAGCCAGUGAGUACCCAGCUGGGCCUGGCAGCGCGCCCUCCCCAGCCCGGCGCCUUCUCCCAGCGCCCAGACCCUGCGUCCUGCGGACCUGCCGGGUUUCUCCUUCUCAGCGCCCACCGUGCCCACCCGGGAACCUCCGAAGCCCCGGCUGGGGAGGAGGUCAAGGCCGCGCCAGGGAAGAUGUACCAGAGCCUGGCGCUGGCCCCGAGCCCCAGCCAAGCCGCCUACGCGGAUUCGGCGGCCUUUCUGCACACCCCGGGCGCCGGCUCCCCGGUGUUCGUGCCGCCGGCGCGCGUCCCCUCCAUGCUGCCCUACCUGCCGGCGUGUGAGCCGGGCCCGCGGGCUCCCGCGAUCGCCGGGCAUCCCGGCUGGGCGCAGGCAGCCGCGGCGGACUCGUCGGCAUUCGGCUCCCGCAGCCCGCACCCGCCGGCCGCUCCGCCGCCCGGGGCCACCGCCUUCCCCUUUGCGCACAGCACCCCGGGACCUGGCGGCGGCGGCGGCGCAGGGGCCCGGGACGGCGGCGCCUUUCAGGGCGCGAUGCUGGCUCGCGAGCAGUACCCGGCCCCGCUCGGGCGGCCCGUGGGCUCCUCGUACCCCACCGCGUACCCGGCCUACGUGAGCACCGAGGUGGCCCCGUCUUGGACCUCUGGACCCUUGGACGGCAGCGUCCUGCACAGCCUACAGGGCCGCCCGGCUGGCCUCCCGGGCCACAGAGCCACCUUCGCGGCCGACCUCCUGGAGGAGUUCCCCGGCGAGGGGCGCGAGUGUGUCAACUGUGGGGCCCUGUCCACGCCGCUGUGGCGCCGGGACGGCACCGGCCACUACCUGUGCAACGCCUGCGGUCUCUACCACAAGAUGAACGGCGUCAACCGGCCCCUCACGCGGCCGCAGAAGCGCCUGUCGUCCUCACGCCGGGCCGGCCUCUGCUGCAGCAACUGCGGCACCACCAGCACGACGCUCUGGCGGCGCAGCGCGGACGGCGAGCCGGUGUGCAACGCCUGCGGGCUCUACGCAAAGCUGCACGGGGUACCGCGGCCCCUGGCGAUGAAGAAGGAAAGCAUCCAGACACGGAAACGGAAGCCGAAGAGCAUCUCCAAGACCAAAGGCUCCUCAGGAUCCACAGGGAACACCACAGCCUCCCCGCCGGCCUCUGUCCCUGACCUGGAGAUUUCAGCGGCCACUUUGAAACCUGAGCCCAGUCUGGCAUCCCCUUCGUGCCCCGGGCCCAGCGUCACCUCCCAGGCCUCCACACAGGUGGACGACACCCUGGCCCCCAGCCACUUGGAGUUCAAAUUCGAGCCCGAGGACUUUGCCUUGCCUUCUGCAGCCCUGGGCCCCCAGGCCGGCCUCGGCGGGACCCUGCGCCAGGAGGCCUGGUGUGCGCUGGCCUUGGCCUAGGUCCCCGGGGCCCCCACCAGGACCCACCUCGCUACUUCUUCGCUCCAGCCCAGCAGAGAGACCGCCAGCCCGGACGCUGGAAGAGACUGGAGCCAGCCGGACCUGGAGGCCUUCUGUGCAGACGGCAGUCGGGCCCCAGAACAGGAGGAAGGCUGGUGGGAGAAGGGCUCGAGCCCCUCCCCAGACAGCAAGGGACCCCCAAAUGUAGGGCAAGGCUCUGAACCCUACCAGCCACUCCGGCCAUGGCUGACUGGGGCUCCCACCCCCACUUGACUUCUGUCCUCAAGGCUUGCCAUCAUCAUGUUUACGGGUUGCAGGCGUUGGAAAAACCCCACCUUCCUGUUGUGCAACCAGGAUCACAGGUGAAAUCACUGAGGCCAGGCAGCUAGCAGGGAUGAGGAGGGCAGCCUGCUGGAGGGCCUCCUGGCCUCGGGCCGUCCAUUUCCCACAUUCGACCAUAGAGCCACGGCACGGAGACCUUGCCCUCCUCGGAGCACGGGAUGGCCAGGGACAGAUGUGCAGGUCGCACACUGUACCAGGAUGCCACCCGGGGUCGGGGGGGCGUUCACGUUGUAGUCAUCGUGGACUUGUAUUUAUUUGGACAGUUUUCCCAGACAGAGCAGUAAAGGGCCUUGUUCUGACUGAAUCUGUGGAUUGUAACCAUUUCUGAUGGGCACAGUACCCGGGGCCCAGUUCUGACCCACACGGGCACUCUCGGGGCUGGUGGUUGGGUGACCACAGGUCCUGGCUCACCUGGGACUGCCCCAGCAGAAUUAGCAAUAACUCCCGUUUCGCGUACAAAGCUGUCCCCUCCCAGGGCUGGGUGAUAAAUUAGUUAGUCGGGGCGCUGGCUAGGGGCAGCUCUGCCCACGGGGGCUGAUGAAUGGCUACUGACAGCCCGGGGGCAGAGGCGGUGGGGGGGGGGGGGGGGAGCAUGCCCUGCAGAAGGGCCACAGCGUCCCUCCGUCCCAUUGCUGCCGUUCACCGACAAGAACUUCUGAUUUUUCCACGGAAGCCAGAAACCUGGCUUUUUUUUUUUUUAAUGUAAAGUCUUCCAAGUGAAAGCUUCCCCCCACCCCCCAACUCCCAGGUCGAUUCAAAAGUCUUUUAAAUUUUGUGAGCCAUCUAAACCAGCCGCCAUUGCGCCGUCCUAUUUAAAACAUCGCUUUCAUAUUUAAAAAUGCUCCUCCUUGGUGGCAGCUUCCCGAAUGUGUUCCUUCAUCGUGAACUUGUACCUCAGAGAUUCAACCAGCUCAGUUUCCACGUGUUG